UCUUUCUGUCUAUAAAGAUUCCAUUUCAUUCUUGAAAACUUGGAACACUACAAUGGAAGAGCCAUUUCUUCUGAGAGAGGAGGAGUUAGUUCCCGUUAAAACGACAUGGCAAAGAGGUCAGCUCACCGACGAGCUAAAGAAAGUGGGCCGCUUAGCUGCUCCUAUGGCCACCGUGACCAUUGCUCAAUACCUAUUGCCUGUUAUAUCAGUUAUGAUCGCCGGCCACAAAGGCGAGCUUCAGCUCUCCGGCGUCGCUCUUGCCACCUCCUUCACAAAUGUCUCCGGUUUCAGUAUUAUGUUUGGAUUAGUGGGUGCAUUAGAUACACUUUGUGGCCAAGCUUAUGGAGCCAAAGAAUACGAGAAACUCGGAACCUACACAUACUCCGCCAUUGCCACCAAUAUCCCAAUCUGUAUCCUCAUAUCAAUUAUUUGGAUUUACAUGGAAAAGCUUCUGAUCUCUCUUGGACAAGACCCUGACAUCUCCAGAGUCGCUGGCUCCUACGCCGUUUGGCUCAUACCGGCUUUGUUCGGAUAUGCUAUUGUCAUACCAGUAACUCGGUUUCUGCUGACGCAAGGGUUGGUUGUUCCUCUCCUCUAUUGUGCCCUAACCACCCUUUUGUUCCACAUCCCAGUUUGCUGGAGUUUGGUUUCCGUGUUUGGUCUUGGAAGCAAUGGAGCUGCUUUGGCUAUGAGUGUGUCUUUCUGGUUUUACGCUGUGAUACUCGCAUGCUACGUGAGAUUCUCCACCUCUUGUGAGAAGACUCGCUCCUUUGUAUCCGAUGAUUUCGUGCCUUGUGUGAAACAGUUCUUCCAUUUCGGGGUCCCAUCAGCAGCAAUGGUGUGCCUAGAAUGGUGGCUAUUUGAGCUGCUCGUACUCUCCUCAGGACUACUCCCAAACCCUAAACUCGAGACCUCUGUGCUUUCAAUAUGCCUUACAACAGAAACUUUGCACUAUGUAGUUUCAUCUGGAGUUGCGGCAGCUGUGAGCACACGCGUGUCAAACAAUUUGGGAGCUGGGAGUCCUGAAGUUGCUAGGGUAUCAGUAUUGGCAGGGCUUUGUUUCUGGCUGAUGGAGUCAGUUUUCUUUAGCACACUUCUCUUCACCUGCCGGAACAUCAUAGGAUACGCAUUCAGCAACAGCAACGAAGUAGUGGACUAUGUUGCGGAGCUAUCUCCUCUGCUAUGUCUUUCCUUCAUUCUCGAUGGAUUUACUGCAGUUCUUAACGGUGUUGCUAGGGGAAGUGGGUGGCAACACAUUGGAGCUUGGAACAACGUGGUGGCCUAUUAUCUCGUAGGAGCUCCCGUUGGACUUUACUUAGCUUUCAGACGUGGGUUUAACGGGAAAGGAUUGUGGUGCGGUGUUUUGGUUGGAUCCUCUGUGCAAGCAACUGUUCUGGCUAUAGUCACAUCUUCCAUGAAUUGGAAGGAACAGGUGCAAAGACAUUUCAGCUUGAUCUAUAUCACAUUCUGUGUUUUUUUUUAAUAAUGCUUUAAAGUAAAUGGAAUCUAUAUAUAAUUUGCAGGCUGAGAAGGCAAGGAAGAGAAUAAUCUCUACUGAAAAUGGAUUAGCAUAACGAAGAAUGUUUUUUAAUUAAUUACUACAUUUUGAGAGAUAGCAAGACUUUGCUUUUCUUCAAUUUUGGUGUAAUAUUUUUAUUAUAAACAAGUUAAUAAAAAACCUCACGAGUGUUGGAUUAUUCAUGUUCUUUACAUAUCGUUCAAAUUUCCAUUCCUUACAUUAUUGGUUCCAUAUGGGAAUAAUUCCCUGUGCAGCAAGGCGCUUUUCGACCCAAACAGAAUGAUCAGUUCUGAGAAGAGCAUCUUCUGCUAAGGAGUUGAUUGUAAUGUUCAAAGAUGCCCCAUCCAAAGCCUUUUGUUAUUCAGUUUGAAACUCAAAUGAUUUGUUGGUAUAAAGACACAUGUUGCUUUCUACUUUGGUGAUCUUAAACCCCCCAGUUUUUAUCCUAUUCUUUUGCUAUUGUCAGAUAUACAUUAGCCGGUUUGAACCGAUUUAGUUAAACCACCCCAAUCUUAGAGACUGAUUUGGUAUGUAGAUUCUUUUUUUGUUAAAAAGUCCGGGUAACAAAAUACACCUAUCAACCAGCUGAAACUUAGACUAUCAAAUCAUGAUUUUUACAGAAGAUCAGAGCAGUCGAGAUGGCUUAAUAGACAGAGCAGCUUACAUGACUCUACGGACCAAACAUCUAAAGAUUUCUUAGACAUCGAAAUUAUCAAAGCUCUUUGUUCCCAAUGCAAGCACAAAGGUUCCGUGGUGUAGUUGGUUAUCACGUCAGUCUAACACACUGAAGGUCUCCGGUUCGAACCCGGGCGAAGCCAUUAUAAUCUUUUGUUCAUUUUCAUGAAAACAUUUCAAUUUCUUAAAAUGUAACAAAAAAAUUCGCCGUUGCCGGGGAUCGAACCCGGGUCACCCGCGUGACAGGCGGGAAUACUUAGAGCAUCCCCAUUAGUGAACUUAUAGGGGGGUUCACACACAUUCCCAAAAAAAAAAAAAUAUUAAAAUAAGGAAUAGUGAUGAACCUGUCUCUCUCCACCCCUUUCCAGUGAACCUGGUUCAUCACUGUAGCGCGGACCCCACGGCACGUGGCGGCCCGCGACUGGUCCGAAAAAAUAUUUUUUUUUUUUUUUUUUUUUUUUAAAAACAAAAAUCAACUAAAAAAAAUAAUAAAAAAAUGUUUUGUGAACCCCUUUCAUGGGGUUCACUAAUGGGGAUGCUCUUACCACUAUACUACAACGACUUAGAUGCUCACGCUUCUGUAACAGAAGCCAAAGAUUAGACUGACAAUUACAUGCGUUUGUUUGCUGAGAGAGAGAGAAAAAUAUGUUUUGUGUGGAGUUACUCUUCAUAAUCAACUAGAAUAUUCGUCAUAAUUCCAAGUGUUGGCACCCUGAGUUGCUUCUUUACAUACAUAUUAUCUGUGAAGAAAGCGAGUGUUGAUCAUGACUACGUUGUGACUCUUUUACACAGUUGUAUCGCCUUGUCUCUUACAAAUCUAGCACCUCUAGUUUACACUGAAACCUGUGCUGAAAAAAAAAGGAACUAAUCAGAGGAUUAAUCUACUAAUAACAGUAGAAAAUCUUUUGAUACUAGCAUUUAGAAGUUCUCACAUACAUAUUAUACAAAGGAAACAGAGAACAAUAAAACAGAACAAAAAAUGGUACAAGUGCCUCCUCUUACUUCCAUUGUGGUUUUAUCUUUGCUUUGCUUUGCACUGAGUUUAAGAAAUGUAGCUUCCCAUUCCUCUUUACCUCUACCAGUUAAAAAA